GCAGUAUGUGGUGGAGGGUGGUGAGCUUGCUGUCCUGGCUCCCCGUGCAAGCAGCUGUCCUGACUAACCCUGUGGACACCAUCACCGUGGAGGAAGGCCAGACGCUCACUCUGAACUGUAGCACUUCUCCCUCCCAGCCCGCCACCCUGCAAUGGCUGGCCCCCUCAGGGUUCACCAUUUAUUUUAAUGACCAUCCUGUUUUAAGGAAUUCUAAAUACCAGCUGCUUCAUCACUCGGCCAAUCAGCUGUCCAUCAGCGUGCCUAACGUCACCUUACAGGAUGAAGGCCUGUACAAGUGUUUACAUUACAGGAGCCCUGUGAGAACAAAGGAAGUGAAAGUCAUUGUGUUAGCAAUUCCUUCUAAGCCAACCCUGGAGGCUUCAGUUCUCAGAGGACAAAACAGAGAAGGUGUUGUACUUCAAUGCUCCACCGUGAGAAGCAAGCCCCCUCCGCAGAUAACCUGGCAAGUAGGGAACGGCAUGGAGUUUUACGGAGAAACCCACUAUGAAUUUGAAAUGGAUGGGAAGACAUGUAAUACCACCAGCAAGCUCCUAGUCCACACAUACAGCAAAAACUCAACGGUGGACUGCAUUAUCCGACACAAAGGCCUGCAAGGGACCAACCUGGUUGCAUCCUUCCAGUUUAAAGAUUGGGUCGCAGAUCAAGAGGCAACUUCCGAUGCCCUGGAGAAAAGCUCUCUGUCGUCCCAAGGCACUCAGCUUCCUACUAGCACGGUCUCAGUCAUGGAAAAUUCUAGUACAUCAGAGAUUGACAAGGAAGAGAAAGAAAAAACGACUCUGAACUCUGACUUAACCACCGAAGCGAAUCCUCAGUACAUAGGACUGGUGAGGAGGAAGAGCGGAAUAUUGCUGCUCACCCUCGUGUCCUUCCUCAUCUUCAUCCUCCUCGUCAUAGUCCAGCUCUUCAUCAUGAAGCUGCGGAAAGCUCACGUGAUCUGGAAGAAAGAAAAUGAAAUUUCAGAACACACAGUAGAAAGUUACCGAUCACGGUCAAAUAAUGAAGAAACAUCUUCCCAAGAGAAAAAUGAUCAAGCCUCUCACCCUAAGCGUUGCAUGAACUACAUCACACAGUUGUACUCGGAAGCAAAAGCAAAGAGGAAGGGAAGUGUACAAGGUUCAAAACUAAAGGAAAAGCACGCUCGUAUACCAGAGGAUAUUGUAUAG